GAACGCGCCCCUGCUGCAGCUGCUAUUGGUCAGUGGGUCUGUCAGUGAUUUUUGGCAGCACUUUACGCAGGCGCCCACAGUCUCGCUCAGAAUAAAACGACAGCCUCCGGGUUGAGGUGGGGGUGGGGAGAGGACCGGGAGAAGACCUGCAAGGAAGGGCUGGAAAGCGUGUCUGGCAGCCUGGACCCCAGCGAAGAGAGCAGCGUAGGAAAGCGAGGGAACUAGAGAGAAUAGAGGAGACUGAGACUGACCGGUAGCCAGACAGGCGGACGUACGCCCGGACAGACAGACUUAGCUGGCGCCGGAGAACCUCUGAUAGGUUCCUCCCGCCUUACCCUUUGAAAACAAGGAUUUUGCUUUUUCCGUGGCGCCCGAGAAAGAAUGCUGGAUUGCCGUCUUCAGCACAAGCUAAGAUUUCAAAGCUAGGCGAUAAAAGAUCAGCCCACCCUGAGGGAGGGUGGAAGCAAAUGCCCCUGUCCCCAUCCCCCUUCCCUCCCCUUCCCGACAUACUCGGGCGCCAAACCCAGCCCUUCCCUAACCAUCCGACUUCCUCUUCUUUUUAGCAUGGUGGCUGUAUGGACAGUCUGACAGAACAGAGACUGACAUCUCCCAAUUUGCCGGCCCCCCACCUGGAACACUACAGUGUUCUCCAUUGCACUAUGACCCUGGAUGUGCAAACUGUAGUCGUUUUUGCCGUGAUUGUAGUCCUCCUGCUUGUCAAUGUCAUACUCAUGUUUUUCCUGGGAACGCGUUGAAUGGAGUACAGCCACCUGAGCUGUCGCGAACUCUCGCUUUGAUUUCAUCCCGAGAGCCAUCGCGGGGCGGGAGGGGGGGGGUCGAGAGACCGAGACCAGAAAAGAGAGGGAGAGAAAGAACAAGCUUUACUCAGGGGGGAAACGUUUUGAGCUUCAACAUGGCCUCGCUGUGAUAUCUGAUCACUGGAGAUUCCAUCGUUAGUGCUGAGGCAGUAUGGGAUCACGUCACCAUGGCCAACCGGGAGUUGGCAUUUAAGGCUGGCGACGUCAUCAAAGUCUUGGAUGCUUCCAACAAGGAUUGGUGGUGGGGCCAGAUCGACGAUGAGGAGGGAUGGUUUCCUGCCAGCUUUGUGAGGCUCUGGGUGAACCAGGAAGAUGGUGUGGAGGAAGGGCCAAGUGAUGUGCAGAAUGGGCAUCUCGACCCCAACUCAGACUGCCUGUGCCUGGGUCGACCACUCCAGAACCGGGACCAAAUGCGGGCCAAUGUCAUCAAUGAAAUUAUGAGCACUGAACGUCACUACAUCAAGCACCUCAAGGACAUUUGUGAGGGGUACCUGAAACAGUGCCGGAAGAGAAGGGACAUGUUCAGUGAUGAGCAACUGAAGGUAAUCUUUGGAAACAUUGAAGAUAUCUACAGGUUUCAGAUGGGCUUCGUGAGAGACCUGGAGAAACAGUACAACAAUGAUGAUCCCCACCUUAGCGAGAUAGGACCCUGCUUCCUAGAACAUCAAGAUGGAUUCUGGAUAUACUCUGAAUAUUGUAACAACCACCUGGACGCCUGCAUGGAACUUUCCAAGCUGAUGAAAGACAGCCGCUACCAGCACUUCUUUGAGGCCUGUCGCCUCUUGCAGCAGAUGAUUGACAUUGCCAUUGAUGGCUUCCUGCUGACUCCAGUGCAGAAGAUCUGCAAAUAUCCCUUACAGUUGGCUGAGCUCCUCAAGUAUACAGCCCAAGACCACAGUGACUACAGAUAUGUGGCAGCUGCUUUGGCUGUCAUGAGAAAUGUGACUCAACAGAUCAACGAACGCAAGCGACGUUUGGAGAAUAUUGACAAGAUUGCUCAGUGGCAGGCAUCUGUCUUAGACUGGGAGGGUGAAGAUAUCCUAGACAGGAGCUCAGAGCUGAUCUACACUGGAGAGAUGGCUUGGAUCUACCAGCCCUAUGGUCGCAACCAGCAACGGGUCUUCUUCCUAUUUGACCACCAGAUGGUUCUCUGCAAGAAGGACCUAAUCCGAAGAGACAUCCUCUAUUACAAAGGCCGCAUUGACAUGGAUAAAUACGAGGUAAUUGAUAUUGAAGAUGGCAGAGAUGAUGACUUUAAUGUAAGCAUGAAGAAUGCUUUCAAGCUUCAUAACAAGGAGACAGAAGAAGUACAUCUGUUCUUUGCCAAAAAGUUGGAGGAGAAAAUACGUUGGCUUAGGGCUUUCAGAGAAGAGAGGAAAAUGGUACAGGAAGAUGAAAAAAUUGGCUUUGAAAUUUCUGAAAACCAGAAGCGGCAGGCUGCAAUGACUGUGAGAAAAGUCCCUAAACAAAAAGGUGUCAACUCUGCCCGCUCAGUUCCUCCUUCCUACCCACCACCACAGGACCCGUUAAACCAGGCCCAGUACCUGGUCCCCGAUGGCAUCGCUCAGUCGCAAGUCUUUGAGUUCACCGAACCCAAGCGCAGCCAGUCACCAUUCUGGCAAAACUUCAGCAGGUUAACCCCAUUCAAAAAAUAAUACCUACAGGGAGGCAGAUAAUUUUAAAAUAAACUAAAUAAAAUUAUAUUUAUAGAUGGACUUUUUCGGAGAAACACUGUUGAAAAUAUAUAUGUGUGUGUAUAUAUACGUAUAUACAUAUAUAGAAACAUAUGUAGACAUAUGUAUACACACAA